GUUCACAUCCUCUAGGUGGAUGGGAAAGCGUUGAAAUGGCGGCCGCCGGCGCCGGGGCCGCCCGGCUGCUCCUGCUCUUGCUGAUGGUGGCAGCAGCUCCCAGCCGAGCCCGGGGCAGCGGCUGCCGGGCCGGCGCCGCCGCGCGAGGGGUGAGUGCCCAUCAGCUUCGUGGAGCAGGAGAGGCCGACGCAAGUCGUGGGACUGUGGGGACUGAAGGGCGAGAGGCUGAGGGCUGCGGCACGGUGGGACUGCUGCUGGAGCACUCCUUUGAGACCGAUGACAGUGCCCACUUUCGGAAACGGGGCUCACUACUCUGGAAUCAGCAGGAUGGCACCUUGUCUUUAUCACAGCGGCAGCUCAGCGAGGAGGAGCGGGGCCGACUUCGGGAUGUGGCAGCCCUCAAUGGCCUGUACCGGGUGCGGGUCCCAAGGCAGCCAGGGAUCCCUGAUGGGUCUGAAGCUGGCGGCUAUGUCUCUUCCUUUGUCCCUGCGUGCUCCUUGGUGGAGUCACACCUCUCAGACCAGCUGACCCUGCACGUGGAUGUGGCUGGCAAUGUGGUGGGUGUGUCAGUGGUGACACACCCUGGGGGGUGCCGAGGCCAUGAGGUGGAGGAUGUGGACCUGGAGCUGUUUAAUACGUCUGUGCAGCUGCGGCCCCCAGGCACAGCCCCAGGUCCAGAAACAGCAGCCUUCAUCGAGCGCCUAGAGAUGGAGCAGGCCCAGAAGGCCAAGAACCCCCAGGAGCAGAAGUCCUUUUUUGCCAAAUAUUGGCACCUCAUCCUGGGGGGGGCCGUGUUGCUUACGGCCCUGCGUCCUGCUGCCCCGGGGCCCGCGCCACCACCGCAGGAGGCCUGAUGGAUGUACAUCAUUCCUGUUGUCCUGUUCCUCAUGAUGUCAGGAGCACCAGACGCGGGGGGCCAGAGUGGCGGUGGGAGUGGGGGUGGCAGCGGGGGUAGUGGCCGGUAAGCAGCACACCCUUUUACCCAAGAACUUCCUUUACCCAUUCUCCCAUGUCCUUGGUCAUCCCAAGAAGGACUUGCUGGCCCCCUCCUGUCUCCUCAUCCCAUGGAGGUAGAAAGAUGCCCCCUCUCUAGGGGGCCUGUAGGCUGCCCGGGGAGCCCAUAUUCUCCAGGGGCCUCUCUGUUCUUUUUAGCAGAGGGGUGGCAAACUAGGGGGCAUCUGCUGUGCCCCCUUUCCCAUGACCCCACCUCAGCCUCAUGGACUCCCCUUAAACCACAGGCUGGAGUCCAAGCUCUGGGAAUCCUGUCACUGCAACCCAUGGCCCACCCCACCCCAGCCCUGCAGUCUGGGAACAUGCCACGUCCUCUCCAGCCUCUGUGCCUUUGUUCUGGGUGUUCUUGCCCUGCCUGGCCUCGACCAGGUUCCCAGGGCACCUCCUCACUUGGUGUGUGUCUCUGGCCUUCCACGGUCUCCCCUCUGAGGAUGUGGUUGGGAGUGGCUGGCUGUGGGUGCCCUUGGGUUCCACUUGCAGCACCCUUGUCACCCUGCCUGGCUGUGGGGGAAGCACUGGGCCUUCUGGACUCCAGGCCUCUACUAGCCUUCUGAGUGUGAAGAGUGGUGGUGUUUAAUCAGGAAAUGACAAUGGAGUCAGGGCCAAGUGAUGUGAAUAGAAUCCCCUCCUCAGUCUUACCUGGGUCACCUUACCCAGGGUGCAGCACCUGGACAGGCUGCUGGGCCUCUGCUGUUCGUUGCCCCUUGUCUGUUGAAAAACGUUUGCAUUAUAUUGAAGGUCCCAGCUUUCAACAGCCAAGUGUGGCUUGAGUUCUGCUGUUCACUUAAUAUAUUUAUUCAGAAAUAAGAAAA